CAUUCCAAAACGUUCACUCUGAGGUCUGACUUUGACGCCUCCGCCGCCAUUCGUUAAAAAACUGAAAUUCUUAAAAAGCGCGCAUCAAGCCGGUGUAAUAAUUGAUAAAAAAGUUUAAAAAAAUCCCAGAUUCCAAAGUUGAUAAAAGUCAUACCGCGCAGGACUGAUUUAGGGGGUACAAAUAACAUUGGCAACCGGCGUUUCGCACAGCGGUAAAAUUUGCAUCAGUGUGUGGGUGUUUCGCAAAAAAAAAAGAAGCUAAGCCAGGAUUUUUGGAUUGCCAAUUAUCAAGGUGCUAGGAAAGAGGGCGUGAAGUUGUCGGUAAGCUGACCGAGUACACGUGAAUUAAGUGCAACGCAAUUUGCUGACUGACUAACCCGCCCCCCGUGGCCUUGAACUCGACAGACUUGGCUGCCGUCCACUCACCCACAAACACACAUACGCACAUAUAUACACACGCGCAAGCCGCUUCUACUGUCUGAAGAGAGGAGAGGAAAAGAGCGAAGAAAGGGGAAGAACGCAUAAAUCGGCAAGUAAACGAGCAGUGUAAGAAAGCCAUGACCGAACCAAGGACGCCCGAGAAGCUGCUGGCCGCCAAGCCGCCGGUUUUACACCACAACAGCCAUAGUCCCAAUGCCUCGCUGCAGCUGCCCAGUCCCAUCAUCACGAGGCGCACUCGCACGGCCUCGACCUCCGCUCGGGCCUUGGAAAAUCCGGUUGUGACCGGUAUGGUGAAAUCCUUCAGCCGCACCAAAGGACACGGCUUCAUUACACCCAACGCCGGCGGAGAGGACGUUUUUUGCCACGUUUCCGACAUCGAAGGUGAAUAUGUGCCCAUGCCCGGGGACGAGGUCAAAUACCGUCUGUGCGCCAUUCCGCCCAAGUAUGAGAAGCACCAGGCCGUGCACGUGCAGAUUAGCCACCUGACGCCGGAGGUGCACCACAAGUGGGAGGAGCCAUUCUAUGGUGGCUCCUCGCCCGCUAAGUAAAGCUGAAGCUUGUGGCCCUGGGAGAUUUCGAAGCUCGGAAGCGGAAAAGUGUGUUGUUAAAAGCUGAACGGCCUUCCAAGAAAUUUAAUUGAGCUAGAGCACGCCACCCGAGAUGAACGAAACGGAAAACCGGAACAGAACAAUAACCAUGAAAGUAAACGAAAGCACAGCAAUCGAAGCAGCCAGGAAAAAGCCGAAACCAGACCAGAACGUAAUAGAAUGGAACAACAGGCCUGCCAUCCAGCCAGCCAGCGAGCAGCAUCACAAGAGUUUCAAUUGAACACUUAAUUAGAAUUUAAGCUAAGCUAUGGAAGUCAAACAAAACGCAGUCACAAAUAUUGCCUUUCCCUCUGGAAGAGGGGAGAGCAACCGCAACCAGUUUCGAGUAUAUUAUUAAAAGCGCGUAUGUAUUUGGAAAUUGAAAUUGUUAUUCGAGAAGCCACUAGCACAGCGCCUGCGAUGCUGUGGUGCCCUGUAUCAGUAAUUACUUUUAAUUAUAACAAAACAUCUGAAUGUGUUCGCGAAGCAAACAAGCAAAAUGCUCUCAGUAAUUCACUUUAUUAUUAAAACAGCUGCAAAAC